AUGAUUAGAAUGGAAACAUUGAAAACUUGGACCCUUUUCUCAGUAUUGGAAAUGUUUUCCAGAAUAUCUAAAAGACUUAUAUCAAUAUCGCUAAAUAGUGAAGUCAAGUUACCAUUUGUACCAUUAGUAAGCGAAAAUGGUUUUCCUGAUGCCAUUGGUAAUACACCAUUAUUAAGAUUACCAAAUAUAUCAAAAUCAGUUGGAAGAAAUAUAUAUGCAAAAGCAGAAUUCAUGAAUCCAGGAGGUUCAAUAAAGGAUAGAGCAGCAUUGUAUGUUAUUAAGGAUGCCGAAGAGAAAGGUUUGAUAAAACCUGGUGGAACAGUUGUUGAAGGGACUGCUGGAAAUACAGGGAUUGGAUUAGCUCAUGUUUGUAGAGCAAAAGGCUAUAAUUGUGUAAUAUAUAUGCCAAAUACUCAAUCAAAAUCAAAAAUCGAGACAUUAAGGUUAUUGGGUGCUGAAGUACAUCCAGUACCAGCCGUUGCUUUCACUGAUCCUCAAAAUUAUAAUCAUCAAGCUAAAAGACACGCAGAUAGUUUGGAAAAUGCUGUUUGGACAAAUCAGUUUGACAACACCGCUAACAGACAAGCACAUAUAGAAACCACAGGACCUGAGAUUUGGGCACAAUUAAAUGGAGAUGUCGAUGCUUUCACUUGUUCAACAGGAACUGGUGGUACUUUUGCCGGUGUUACUAGGUAUUUAAAAGAUAUCAGUAAUGGGAAAGUUAAAUGUGUAUUGGCUGAUCCACCAGGUUCAGUUUUAUAUUCGUACAUAAAAUCAAAUGGUAAAGAAAUGCAAAGAGGUGGAUCAUCUUUUACCGAAGGUAUUGGUCAAGGUAGAGUAACAGAUAAUUUAAAAAACGAUGUUGAAUUAAUUGAUGACGCUUUAAAAAUUCCAGACGAAGAUUCCAUUACAAUGGUUUAUAGAUUACUUGAUGAAGAAGGAUUAUACUUAGGUGGUACCGGAGCAUUGAAUGUUGCUGCAGCUGUUGAAGUUGCUAAGACUUUACCUGAAGGAAGUAAUGUGGUUACAAUAUUAGCUGAUUCAGCUCAUAAAUAUGCUGAUAGAAUAUUUUCAAAAUCUUGGUUAAAGCAAAAGGGUUUAUAUGAUGCAAUUCCAGAUAAUUUGAAAAAAUACGCCGUUUUGGAUUAA